CGUCGCUUUCCGGCAGUGCGCGGCGUGACCUCAUGUCGGUGUGGAAACGCUCGGGAAGCCUGGCCGUUCCUGCUCGGGAGAAGAGUCUGAAAACAAAAUAAGGUCAAGCACAUGGUUGUCACGAUUACAAAAACAUAGCGCAGAGGAUGGCCAGCACUAUGAUAGCAGUUGGCCUGACAGUAGCGGCUGCGGGAUUCGCUGGUUGGCCGUUACGCUGUGCAGGCAAUGAAGCACAUGGAACCUCAAGUAAAACAAGCCCUCCAGAGUCUUCCGAAGUCUGCUUUCAGUGGUGGGUACUAUAGAGGUGGGUUUGAGCCAAAAAUGUCCAAGAGAGAAGCUGCCCUUAUUUUGGGGGUUAGCCCUACUGCCAACAAAGCUAAGAUAAGAGAAGCACACAGAAAGAUAAUGGUAUUGAAUCAUCCAGAUAGAGGUGGAUCUCCCUAUCUGGCAGCAAAAAUUAAUGAAGCUAAAGACUUGCUUGAUGGACAAGCUAAGAAGUAGAGGAGAUAAAUGGAAGAUCUUUUUAUUGCACAGAAUGAUUAUCCUUUGGUGGGUUUUGUCUGCUCUGUGAUUCAGCACGUGAUAUAUAAUCCGCCACUGUAACUAGAACACAAAGAAUUCUAAAGGUUCAUCUACUGAAUUAUAGUUUCAUGCAUAAAAAAACUGAUUUUAGGAAGAAUAAAUUGUCCUUAAGUUCAAUCAGGAAUAGUUUUGUUUUCUGGAAAAAAAAAAUCAUGAAUAGUGUACGGUGGCUCUUUGCACACUGACCGAUGUGGGAAGGGACUACAUGUAGUAGUAUGGAGAGGCGAUUAACUGACCGUUGUGGUAUGUCUUAUUUGUAACUAAGGUACAACUGUUCCUCUGUAUUUUUAAUCCUAAAGCUGCAAUCCUACAAUGUGCUUAGUCCAACAAGACACAUCACUGGUGCUCUUAGAUACUCUUACUCUUAUCAUAAUAAAAAGGGUGUUAUAAUUAUUUAAUUCCA